AUGCAAAACAGACGGCCAAAAUAUUCCCACAAAUUAAUAGUUUCUUUUCUUUUUUCAUUCAUUUUCUUCUCUUUCUUUUCUUUCUUUCUUUUAUCUUUCUUUAACGUUUCUUCUUGUAUUUCUUUGAUAUCUCACUUUCUUUUUCUUUCUUUUGCGUUUCCAUUUCAUUCAUUUUUUAUUUCCUAUUUUUCUUUCUUAUAUUCAUUUUUCUUCUUUAUUUUCUUUUUCUUUCUUUCCUCUUCUUUCUUUUCUAUUUCUUUCUUCCUUAUCGAUUUUCUUUUCAUUAAUUCAUUCGUUUCGAUUUCUUUCUCUCAUUCAUGUUUAUUCUCUGUUUCUCUUUCUGUCUUCUCUAUUCUUUCUUUCUUUCUUUCUUCUCUAUUUCCUUUUCAUUCAUUCUUUCUUUACGAUUUCUUUCUUUCAUUCAUUUUUCUUUUCUAUUCCCUUUUCUUUCUUCUCUAUUUCUAUUUCUUUCUUUGUGCUUUCUUUAAUAAUUUCUUUCUUUUCUAUUUCCCUUUCAUUCAUUCUUUCUUUAUGAUUUCUUUGUUUCUUUCAUUCAUUCGCCCUGUUUUCCUUUCUUUCUUUCUUUCUUUCCGAUUUCCGAUUUAUUUCUUUCUUUCAUUUUCCUCUCUUUUUCCGUUUCAUUCUUUUUUCUGUAUUUCGAUUUCUUUUUCUUUCUUUCUUUCUUUCUUUCUUUUCUUCUCUAUUUCUAUUUCUUUCUUUCUUCUCUGUUUGUUUUUCAUUAAUACAUUCUUUUCAAUUUCUGUCUUUCUUUCUUUUUCUUCUCUCUUUCUAUCUUUCUUCUUUAUUUCUUUUUCAUUCAUUCAUUCUUUUAGAUUUCUUUCUUUCUUUUAUUCAUUUUCCUCUCUGUUUCCUUUUCUUUCUUUCUUCUCUAUUUCUAUUUCUUUCUUUCUUUCUUUCUCUCUUUCUUUCUUUCUUUCCUAUUGCUUUUUCAUUCAUUCUUUUUUCGAUUUCUUUCAUUCAUUCAUUCUUUCGUCUUCUCUAUUCCCCCCUUCUUUUUUUCUUUCUUUUUUUAUAUUUUCUAUAUCUGCACCAAGUGAAGAUAGUCAGCCAAUGAGGAGCCGACAGUACACCUUUGAGCAGCGACACCAGCGACCGGACGAUGCCAGUGACGGACAUCCUCACACUUGA